AUGGCUUUCCGGAGGAGGAGAAGGAGAAGAAGGAGAAGAGUUGGAUUUAUAUCCCCUCUUUCUCAAAGGGGCUUACAAACUCCUUCCCCCCUCACAACAACCACCCUGUGUGGUAGGUGGGGCUGAGAGAGCUCCGAAGAACUGUGGCUAGCCCAAGGUCACCCAGCUGGCGUGCGUUGGGUGCUGAAGGGUGUCAGAUGGAGGUAAAUCCAGGCAUUUUGCCCAACCCCUUUUCUGUCAAACCUCUUACCCUCCCCCCUUGCUUGUCAUAAUGUCAAUUCCACCCCCUCUUUCUCUUUGUUAGGCUAGGAAGUGGGAAAUGGUGUCUGGCCUUGCUGGGAAAUUCUUAGGCCAAGGGGUUCCUGAUUCUAAACGCUUCAAAUGUAUUUAUUUCGGUUUGUAUUUGGAAAUGUCCUGAGCUGCUUUGGGGAAAAGGUGGCAUCCAAGACAACUAACUCCCCAACCGCAUGUUUCAUGUUACUUUCGCCUAUAUAUACAGAGAAGCGUUGCUGCCAUCCGCUCAGAGACUCAUACAGAGCCACAUUCCCUCCCUCUCUGGCAGGCUUGCGGCAGCUCCUCUCCUCCGGGUCACAAACACCCGCUUAUCCUCGGCCCGCUAACCACGCAUGCCCGGCCUUUGUUUCCAGGUGCAUGAUGGGAAGCGUAGUCCGUGUCCCGACCACCGCGGCUGGGAAGCGAUGCGCGGAAACUACAUUUCCCGGCAUGCCCCGCGCGGCGCAGCUCUCCCCCUCCGUGCUCAUGCGUGCUGGCGGCUCGGAGAGGCGAUGGAGGCGCCGGGGCGGCCCGGACCUUAGUGGGAAAGGCCGGCCAGGAUGUUCGGGCGCUCGCGCAGCUGGGGCGGUGGGCACGGCAAUGCCGCCCGCAACGUCCGCUCCCUCGACAACCUCAAGUACAUGUAUCACAUUCUGACCAAGAACACCACAGUGACCGAACACAACCGCAAUCUGUUGGUGGAGACGAUCCGAACCAUCACGGAAAUCCUUAUAUGGGGAGACCAAAAUGACAGUUCCGUGUUUGAUUUCUUCUUGGAGAAGAACAUGUUUGUGUUCUUCCUGAACAUCCUGCGUCAGAAGUCCGGCCGUUACGUGUGCGUGCAGCUCCUGCAGACCUUGAACAUCCUCUUUGAGAACAUCAGUCAUGAGACCUCUCUCUAUUACUUGCUUUCUAACAACUACGUGAACUCCAUCAUCGUGCACAAAUUCGACUUCUCGGACGAAGAGAUCAUGGCUUACUACAUUUCGUUCUUGAAAACCCUCUCUCUGAAGCUCAACAAUCACACCGUUCAUUUCUUUUAUAACGAGCACACGAACGAUUUUGCCUUAUAUACCGAGGCCAUUAAAUUUUUCAACCAUCCUGAAAGCAUGGUCAGGAUCGCUGUCAGAACGAUAACGCUGAACGUUUACAAAGUCUCAUUGGACAACCAACCGAUGUUGCACUACAUUCGAGACAAAACGGCUGUCCCGUACUUUUCGAACCUCGUCUGGUUUAUUGGGAGUCACGUGAUAGAACUGGACAACUGCGUGCAGACGGACGAAGAGCACAGAAACCGAGAGAAACUGAGCACCCUCGUCGCCGAACACCUCGACCACCUCCAUUACCUGAACGACAUCCUUAUCAUUAACUGUGAAUUCCUCAACGAGGUGCUGACCGACCACCUGCUGAACAGCCUGUUCCUGCCCCUCUAUGUGUAUUCCUUAGUCGAUCAAGAAAAGGGCGGGGAGCGUCCGAAAAUAAGCCUCCAGGUCGCCCUGUAUCUCCUGUCGCAAGUUUUCUUAAUUAUACACUACGCACCUCUGGUGAAUUCCUUGACCGAGGUCAUUCUGAACGGAGACUUGUCAGUGUUUUCGGCGAAAGUGGAGCAGGAUGUCCAGAAAAGCUCGGCCAAGUCCGGCAUCAGAUGCUUCAUCAAGCCUUCUGAGACGUUGGAGCGGUCCCUGGAAAUCAACAAGCACAAGGGACGAAAGAGGCUGCAAAAGAGGCCGAAUUACAAAAACGUCGAGGAGGACGAGGAAGAAGAGAAGGUGCCCGAGGAAGGCCCGGAAGAAAUUGAGAUGGUCAUCAUGGAGCGGUGCAAGCAGUCUUCCGUGAAAGAGCAGAACAUCACUGACGAGGAAAAGACGGCUGCUGCGUCCGGCGCUGAAACGUCCAACUGGAGCAGGCCCUUCCUGGAAUUGGUGUUCCAUGCCUUGGAGUGUGCCGAGGAUGAUUACUACGCUAUGUUUGUGCUGUGCCUUUUGUACGCCAUGUCACAUAACAAAGGAAUGGAGCCCAUGACGCUGGAGCGGAUUCAGCUGUCGGCACCGGACACGGAGGGGGAGAACGUUUACAACCCCGUCCUCGCGGAAAGACUCAUCAAGAUAAUGAGCUGUGCCGCUCAGCCAGACGGGAAGAUCCGCUUGGCCACCUUGGAGCUUGGCUGCUUGCUGUUGAAGCAACUGGUGGUCUCCAAGCAUGGGAGCAUCAUCAAGGAUGUUCAUCUGGCCUGUCUGGAAGGUGCAAGAGAAGAAAGCGUUCAUCUGCUCCGGCGUUUUUACAAGGGAGAAGAAAUUUUCCUGGAUAUGUUUGAAGACGAGUACAGGAGUAUGACGCUGAAGCCCAUGAACGUGGAGUACCUGAUGAUGGACGCCUCAAUCCUGCUCCCUCCAACGGGGACGCCACUGACGGGCAUUGAUUUUGUGAAGAGGCUGCCAUGCGGAGACGUGGAAAGGACACGCAAGGCCAUCCGGGUUUUCUUCAUGCUGCGUUCCCUGUCCCUACAUCUCCGGGGGGAGCCAGAGACUCAGCUGCCCUUGACGAGGGAGGAGGACCUGAUCAAAACGGAAGAUGUCCUGAACUUGAACAAUAGCGAUCUAAUCGCCUGCACUGUGAUCACGAAAGAUGCCGGUCAAGUCCAGCGCUUUCUGGCCGUCAACAUUUACCAGAUGAGCUUGGUGGAGCCGGAGGCUGCCCGCUUAGGGUGGGGCGUGGUUAAGUUUGCGGGCCUUCUCCAGGACAUGCAGGUGACGGGAGUCGAAGACGACAGCCGCGCACUGAACAUCGUCAUCCACAAGCCGGCCUCCAGCCCCCACUCCAAGCCCUUCCCGAUCCUGCAGGCCACCUUCGUGUUCUCCGACCACAUCCGCUGCAUCAUCGCCAAGCAGCGCUUGGCCAAGGGCCGCAUCCAGGCCCGGCGCAUGAAGAUGCAGAGGAUAGCAGCUCUCCUGGACCUCCCAGUCCAACCUUCCAACGAAGUGAUGGGCUUCGGGCACACCUCCGCCGCCGCCACGCAGCAUCUGCCCUUCCGGUUUUACGACCAGGCGAGACGUAGCAGCUGCGACCCGGCGGCCCAGCGCUCGGUGUUCGCGUCUGUCGACAAGGUCCCAGGUUUUGCCGUAGCCCAGUGCGCCAGCCAGCACGGCCCCUCGCCCCUUUCGUCGCCGUCCCCUUCCUCCAGCGGGAGCACGGGGCACUGUGAUUCUGCAGCCACCAGCUCCGCCUCCACGUCGUCUGUGGUCCAGAGCCCAUCAGACAAUGCGGUCGCUCCGGAGCACUCUGGGGCUCCGUCUUUCAGUCACUUGGAAGCAGAGGACUCUUCCGCGCCUCUCUCAAGAUCCGGCAAGAUCCCGGGCAGGAGCCUCGAAACGGAGACGGCCAAUUUAUCCCCCAGCCUGAUUCCUGCCCAGCAGCCCACGAUCUCCCUCAUCUCCACCAACAGCUCGGAUUCCCUGGGCAUCGAGUCACUCACCUUGGUCCCGCCGGUCGACACGGACUGUAUCCUUGCCGUGGGCUGCAUCCCGCCGCUCGCCACGGAGACAGACGCUUGCACAGAAACGGAAGGGAGCGCCUCUUCCGAUUUGGACCACGGGCAACAGUGACAGCGGCGCAAAAGGGAUUUGCACCGCUUGACGGAACCCAUUAAUGACCCUGUAGUAGCAACUCACAGUCCGGCUGUCGGCGCCUUUUUUUAAAAGGAUUAAGAUCCUGUGUUUUGUUUUAAGAGGAGAGAGGAGUCUCACAUAAACUAAGCAUUGGACGUAGGCGGUGAUGAAAACGGGGUGGGGGGCUCUGUCGCAGGGGAGAGGGCAGUAGCCAGGGGGUUUGGAGGACCGGCCCGUUUUUUCUUUCCACUUCUUUUUUAAAAGCCACUGAGAGAGAAACCACUUGUUUGAACCGCACUAUCUGCACUGCAGCAAAGUUAAGGAAACUUGGGAGAGACUUUUUGCUUUCCGUUUUGGAUCAUUUUCCCGGGGGUGGGGUGGGUUGGGGUGGGGGGGCACAGACUGCUUGCAGCUUUUGCUUGGAGGAAGGAGCGAUGAACCCCAGGGGACCUCGGAGGUGAUUUUCCCACCUGAGCAGACUCUUCUACCAGCCUCCAUCCAUUUGGGUUUGUUUCCCAAGGCUUGAGUGCUCUGUGGAAACUCUGGCCCAGCCUGCUGCUUGUAAACUUCCAGCAUUUGUUUGCGUGUGAUCGCUGUGUGUAUGUCGUUUGAACCUGGAGCCGUACGCACAUCUGUUGUGGGGGGUGGGGGUUCUUUGGUGUCUCUCAAGGGCUUCUUUGGAAGAAGGGGCGGGGAAACUUUGGCAGGGUUUUUGUGUAAAGGAUUUCAGAGGAAUGUAAAAUAUUUUCGCUUACUGCUGUU